AUGACCGGCGCCUAUCGAUGCCAGGCGACCACAUCUGAACAGAAAAACAAAGCGAUAAGCUCGGAGUUUAAUAUCAAUGUGGUUGGAAUUGAAAAGAUUUCAACCAUCCAUCACCACCUGCCAUAUGGACAGCUUGGUUUCAUAGAAGUAGAGGUAUGUGCGAAUCCGAAACCGGAGAUCUUCUGGCUGACUCGCGACGCGAUCAUUACACCUCAUCACGUUCUGGGAAGCUCUCAU